AUACUCGAGCGGUAGUUUUGGUUUCCUUUUCAGUGUGUUCGUUUUGUCAUAGUUCGUCCCUUAUAUCCAUUUGAGGUCGUCGUAACUCCCCUUAUUUCUUUCGGUCUUAUAUUCCAAAUAUAUCCAAGUUGUAUUUAUUUGCGUAUCAUUACCCGAUAUCAUGGCUAAUCGCACAGUCAAAGAUGCACAUACAGUUCAUGGGACAAACCCUCAGUAUCUUUUGGAAAAAAUCGUUCGAAGUCGAAUUUAUGAGUCAAAAUUCUGGAAAGAGCAUUGCUUUGCUCUUACAGCUGAAUUACUUGUCGAUAAAGCUGUGGAACUUCGUUAUGUUGGUGGUGUGUAUAGUGGAAGUGUUAAACCAACCCCUUUUCUAUGUCUUACAUUAAAAAUGCUUCAAAUUCAGCCGGACAAAGAUAUUGUUAUCGAAUUUAUCAAACAGGAACCAUACAAAUACGCUCGUGCUUUAGGAGCAUUUUAUCUUAGACUAGUUGGUGAUUCUGUUGAAAUAUACAAAUAUCUUGAAACUUUAUAUAACGAUUUUCGACGUCUCAAGUUUCAAGAUAAAAUGGGAAAUUUCAGUUUAAUAUACAUGGAUGACUUUAUUGAUCAACUUCUUACUGAAGAACGUGUCUGUGAUGUUAUUUUACCUCGUUUACAAAAGCGUGAAGUUCUUGAGGAGCUAAAUGGUUUAGAACCACGACAAUCACUUCUGAAUGAGGAUUUAGAAGAUUUACAAUAUGUUGAGGAGCUGGAUACCUUGAAUCAUGUUGAAGAGAGUUAUAAGUCUAAGGAUAAAGAAAAACAUAGGAGACGAGACUAUGGAAAAGACCACCAUCAUCGACGUAGACAUCGUGAAGAGUCUCCUCAUGCUGAACGCAGAGAAAGAGAUAGAGACCAUAUAUCAUCAAGACAUAAAGAUCGUGAAGAGAAUGAACGCAAACAUGAUCGUGAGAGAGCACAUAGACGUAGUCAUUCUGGAGAUCGUCGAAAUGGUCGAUCCAAACGUGAUGAUAGUCGUUCACCAGGUAAUAAAAAAAACUUUAUUAAAUACUUAUUUUAGAUCAUAAACGUGCCCGAGAUAAAGAUCGUGACAGACGACAUUAAAUGUUUAAUAGACACUGAUAUAUUGUAUAUAUUAUGUUAAUAAAUACUUUUUGUAUAAUCAU